CAUUGGGACAACUGCUUCUCCUGAGCAUUUCUGGAGCAGAAGCUCUUCUCACAGAGGGAGGGACAGAGCGGGCAGCAGGCACCAUGGAGCCCCCUUCAGGCCCUCCACGAGGAGGACGGGUCCCCUGGCAGGACCUCCUGCUGGCAGUCUCGCUCUUAACCCUCUGGAACCCGCCCACCACUGCCCAAGUCACUGUGGAGUCUGUGCCGCCCAGUGCUACCGAAGGGAAGGACGUCCUUCUGCAAGUCCACAAUCUGCCUGCGGAUCUUGUAGGUCUUACUUGGUUUAGAGGGGAAAGCAUAGCGCCCAACCGUCAAAUUGUAGCAUAUGUAGUAGCCGUACAAGUAAAUAUCCCAGGACCUGCACACAGCGGCAGAGAGACAGUGUACCCCAAUGGAUCCCUGCUGUUCCGGAACAUCACCCUGAAUGACACAGGAUACUACACCCUACAAAUUGUGAAUAGAAAUGUUCAAGUUGAACAAGUAACUGGACAGCUCCGCGUAUUCCCGGAGUUACCCAAACCCCACAUCACAAGCAACAACUCCGACCCCGUGGAGAAUGUGGAUUCUGUGCUAUUAACCUGUGAACCUCAGACUCAGAACACGAGCUACCUGUGGUCAGAAAGCAGUAAGAGCCGCCCGGCCAGCACCAGGCGGGAGCUGUCCCUGGACAACAGGACUCUCACUAUACAUGGUGUCAUAAGGAAUGACACAGGGCCCUAUGUGUGUGAAACUCGGAACCUAGUGAGUGAUGGUCGUAGUGACCCAUUCACCCUGAAUGUUCUCUAUGGCCCGGAUGCCCCCACCAUUUCCCCCUCAGACUCCUAUUACCAUCCAGGGGCCAACCUCAGUCUCUCCUGCCACGCAACCUCUAACCCGCCUGCACAGUAUUCUUGGCUUAUCAAUGGGAGGCCCCAGACAGACACACAGGAGCUCUUUAUCCCCAACCUCACUGCGAAUGAUAGUGGAUCCUAUACCUGCCUUGCCUCUAACUCUGGCACUCGCCUCAAGAAGACCACAGUCAAGACUAUCACAGUCUCUGAGGCAGUGUCCAAGCCCUCUCUCCAUGCCAGCAACACCACAGUCACAGAAGACAAGGACUCUGUGAUCCUGACCUGCUCCACAAACAACACUGGGGUCUCCAUUCACUGGUUCUUCAAUGGCCAGAGUCUAAAGCUCAUGGAGAGGAUGACACUGUCCCAGGACAACAGGACCCUCACCAUACGCCCUGUCAGGAAGGAGGAUGCCGGGAAUUACCAGUGUGAGGUCUCCAACCCAGGCGAUUCCAGGAAAAGUGACCCUGUGAGGCUGGCUGUGAGCUAUGAAAGAAGCACCACAGGCCUCCCUAUGGGGUCCAUAAUUGGCAUUGCAAUCGGGGUCCUGGUCGGACUGGCACUGUAGUUCCCUCCUGGAGUGUCUCCUGCUCCACACAGUUUUCUCAGAGUUCCACAGAAUUUUCAAGACAGAUCAUCUCAAAAUCAUACAAAUUUGUCCAUAGAAUAGAGAGGGAAUAUUGCCCCAACUCAUUCUGAGGUUAGUAGAAUCUUUAAAUUGAAAUAGGAACAACAAAAGUACAAAAAGAUGAAAAUAUCAUACUCAUGAACAGAGAAGCAAAAAUACUAAACAAGGUAUUCUCAAACGAAAUCCAACAGUGUGUAGAAUAAGACAGCACACCGUAACUAAGUUCCAAUUGUACCAGUAAAGCAAUGGUGAUUCAACAUUAGAAAUUUAUAAAUGGGGGGCACCUGGGGUGACUCAGUGAGUUAGGCAGCUGGCCUUUGAUUGUGGCUCAGGUUAUAUCUCAGGG